AUGGGUGCUCUGAAUUUUGGGUUUUGUAGUUCUCAGUUAUUCAGUAACUUCAAAAUUGACCCUGCGAGCAAUGAAAAACUCAGGUGCAGAAAAGAGGGAAUUUUCUGUUUUGAUCCUUUAAAAACACAAAAGUUUAGUAAUCACCAGUUUGAAGGCUUGGACUAUGGUUUCUACAGGGCUAAACAAAGAAAAAGAGACAUUUUUAGGUUAAAAUCAGUUGUGGAUGUAGAUAAAGUAAUGGAGAGUGAUAAUAGCUUUAUAGGAGCCGACAGUAAUUCUAAUCACUAUGAUACCAUUGUCAUUGGUUCGGGGAUGGGAGGGCUGGUGGCAGCGACGCAGCUGGCAGUUAAGGGAGCUAAGGUUUUAGUUCUGGAGAAGUAUGUGAUUCCUGGAGGGAGUUCAGGGUUUUACGAGAGGGACGGAUUCAAAUUUGAUGUUGGUUCAUCUGUUAUGUUCGGUUUCAGCGAUAAGGGAAAUCUAAAUUUGAUUACACAAGCAUUGGCAGCGGUUGGAUGUAGGAUGCAAGUUAUACCUGAUCCAACAACGGUUCAUUACCAUCUACCAAAUGGCCUCUCGGUCCUAGUCCAUAGAGAAUAUAGUGAUUUUGUUGAUGAACUUGUCAGCAGAUUUCCCCAUGAAAAAAAUGGGAUUCUCGGAUUCUAUGGAGUAUGCUGGAAGAUCUUCAAUGCAUUGAACUCACUGGAACUGAAAUCCCUGGAGGAGCCAAUCUACCUUUUUGGGCAGUUUUUUAAGAAGCCCCUGGAAUGCUUGACCCUUGCCUACUAUUUGCCCCAGAAUGUGGGUGACAUAGCUAGAAAUUAUAUAAAGGAUCCGCAGUUGCUAUCCUUCAUUGAUGCAGAGUGUUUCAUUGUGAGUACAGUGAAUUCCAUGCAGACACCAAUGAUCAAUGCAGGGAUGGUUUUGUGCGACAGACAUUUCGGGGGAAUCAACUACCCUGUCGGUGGAGUUGGAGAAAUUGCAAAGUCAUUAGCAAAAGGGUUGGUUAAUCAGGGGAGUGAGAUACUUUACAAAGCAAAUGUAACAAAUAUUAUCCUUCAAAAUGGAAAAGCUGUGGGGGUGAAGCUGUCAGAUGGAAGGCAGUUUUAUGCUAAAACCAUUAUAUCGAAUGCUACUAGAUGGGAUACUUUUGGCAAGCUCCUGAAAAAGGAAGAUCUUCCUGAAGAGGAAGAAAGAUUCCAAAAGGCAUAUGUUAAAGCGCCAUCUUUUCUUUCUAUUCACAUGGCAGUUAAAGCUGAUGUUUUGCCAUCAGACACAGAUUGUCACCAUUUCAUCCUUGAGGAUGAUUGGAAGAAUUUAGAAAAGUCAUAUGGAAGUAUAUUCUUGAGCAUCCCAACUGUUCUUGAUUCGUCAUUAGCUCCAGUGGGGAACCAUAUUCUUCACAUUUUUACAACUUCUUCCAUAGAAGACUGGGAGGGUCUUUCCCGCAAGGAUUACGAGGCAAAGAAGGAACUUGUGGCAGAAAAAAUAAUUAGCAGGCUUGAGAAAAAACUAUUCCCAGGGCUCAAGUCAUCCAUUGUUUUUAAGGAGGUAGGAACACCGAAAACACACAGGCGGUACCUGGCUCGUGAUAGUGGUACCUAUGGACCAAUACCACGUCGAAUCCCAAAGGGCUUAAUAGGAAUGCCGUUCAACACAACUGCUGUAAAUGGUCUGUAUUGUGUGGGAGAUAGCUGCUUUCCGGGGCAAGGUGUUAUAGCAGUAGCCUUUUCAGGAGUAAUGUGUGCACAUCGAGUGGCUGCUGACUUAGGGUUUGAGAAGAAAAAUCCAAUGCUGGAUACUGCUCUACUGGGGCUACUAGGUUGGUUAAGGACACUUGCGUGA